AAUAAUACGAAAAUAAUUGGUUAAUAAUUGGUAAUGCAAAUAAAGCAAUGUUUUUACUGGCGCAGUUCAGAUCAAGAGCUACAACAAAACAGAAAAUUUUUUGAAACGGCCUUCUGAUGAUUUUACAACGCAUUUCCAUAAUGUUUGGAAUAAUCACUCUUAUUGGAAUAACGAAGAUAUAUGCCGAAGUCGAGUUCAACAAUAUAAAAUGCUUAGCCCGGGAUCCAAAUUUUAUCAACUUUGAAAUGUGCGCUUUCAGAUCUGUGAAUCGCAGUUACAAAUAUAUGUCUAUAAGGGCCCAAAUUUAUGAGUUACCGAUUACAUAUGCGUUGAUUACAUUCAAGCUUUCGAAGCGAGACAACCAACAUGUCUUUGAACGAUUCAAUAGUUCUGUGGAACUCUGCAGAUUCAUGAGAGAUCGACAAAAUCCAGUAGCCAGCUUUUUAUUCUCCGUUUUUGAGGAUUACGCAACUUUCAAUCACACGUGCCCCUUUACUGAGUCUCACUAUAUCUUGGAAAAGCUGCCAGUUCAGCAUAUAACCGCCUCAAAGGUGAAAUCAUGGUGUAUAUAACCAAAUCAUAAUGUUUGUAAUAUGUAUAUGUAUAUAUGUGUAUAUAUUAUCAAGGUUGUCGAUAGAAUUAUAACGAAAAAUAGAUCAAAUAUACAUUCA